ACAUGCUGCCGCUACGUCACCGCAGUGACCGAAAGUGUUGUAAUUUCAGCGGCUGGAGUUUUCAACCGGAAAGCGGACGAGUCUACGAAGGGACCGAGGGACGCGAGACCGAGCACCGUUACAAUUAAAAAAAAAAGAAAAAGAAAAGAUCAUCCAGGUCAAGAGUAUCUCCUAUGGACGCAGUGAUCCGUCGGUGCCCUUUCCUUACCGUUGUUCCCAGUGUUUACCUGCAGCUGGCUGGGAAGUCGUCACUGGUGAGCUAUGCCCAAAAGUGCCCUGUGAUGAUGAACCUGGCCUCCAGACCUCUGGCCAGAGCUCUGUCCUCUUCAACUUCUGUGUCCAAAGGCGCAUCAACAACCGAUGGUAAAAAGCAUGAGGUCAAGUCGCCUCCAGGACGCACCUUGCCACCUGCUGCCCAGGCUGGAGGCUCUAAAUGCCCUUUCCUGGCUGCAGAGAUGAUGCAGAAAAACAACAGGGUAGUAAGAGAGGCAAGCAUGGAGCUACAGGAGGACGUCCGGGAGAUGCAUUCUUUCUGCACAGGGAAAACCGGUGUGGAUUUAUCGGUUUCGGAUCUUAUCGAGGCAGACAAAGCCAACACAGGGACACCGCAAAGCCUUUUGAUACCAGUAUCUUCCACAGUGUCUCACCUGUUAAAGGAACAUCUGCCUGAAGUUGGCACCUUCCAGUACGACAAGUUUUUUGAAAAGAAGAUUGAAAGCAAGAAGACAGAUCAUUCGUACAGGGUUUUUAAGACAGUGAACAGGCGGGCCUCCUCGUUCCCAAUGGCCGAUGACUACUCAGAGUCUUUUCAUGCAAAGAGGGACGUGUCUGUGUGGUGCAGCAACGACUACCUUGGCAUGAGCCGUCACCCCAGAGUCACCCAGGCCACCAUCGAGACUGUACGAAAGCAUGGUACUGGUGCAGGAGGCACACGAAACAUUUCAGGGACGAGCAAAUUCCACGUGGAACUUGAACAGGAGCUAGCUGACCUGCACAGCAAGGAUGCUGCACUGCUGUUCACCUCUUGCUUUGUAGCCAAUGACUCCACACUGUUUACUCUGGCAAAAAUGCUACCAGGCUGUGAAAUCUACUCUGACGCUGGCAACCAUGCCUCAAUGAUUCAGGGUAUAAGAAACAGUGGGGUCAAGAAGUUUAUUUUCCGUCACAAUGACGUCAGCCACUUACAAGAACUGCUUGAGAAGUCUGAUCCAUCAACUCCAAAGAUUGUUGCAUUUGAGACAGUGCAUUCAAUGGACGGGGCUGUAUGUCCACUAGAAGAAAUGUGUAACGUUGCCCACGAGUUUGGUGCUCUUACCUUUGUGGAUGAAGUGCAUGCUGUGGGGUUGUAUGGGCCCAGAGGAGGAGGGAUCGGGGACAGAGACAGAGUCAUGCACAAGAUGGACAUCAUCUCUGGUACCCUUGGCAAGGCAUUCGGCUGCGUGGGCGGUUACAUCGCCAGCACCAGCGCUCUGGUGGACACAGUACGCUCCUACGCUGCAGGCUUCAUCUUCACCACUUCCCUGCCCCCCAUGCUGCUCGCAGGGGCAAAGGAAUCCAUCAAGAUCCUGAAAAGUGAAGAGGGCCAGAUGCUCAGGAGGAAACAUCAGAGGAGCGUCAAGCUGCUCCGACAGAUGCUGAUGGACUCGGGCCUUCCGGUUGUCCACUGCCCAAGCCACAUUAUUCCUGUCCGAGUUGCAGAUGCAGAGAAGAACACUGAGAUCUGUGAUAUCAUGAUGUCUCGUUACAACAUCUACGUCCAGGCAAUCAACUACCCCACUGUGGCUAAAGGAGAGGAGCUCCUGCGCAUCGCCCCCACACCGCACCACACUCCGCAGAUGAUGGAGUACUUUGUUGAACGGCUGGUGAAGACGUGGACAGAGGUGGGUUUAGAGCUGAGGCCGCACUCCUCAGCGGAGUGCAACUUCUGCCAGCAGCCUCUUCACUUCGAGCUGAUGAGCGAGAGGGAGAAGUCCUAUUUCACAGGCCUCAGUCACAUGAUAUCAGCUGUGGCCUGAUAUCAAGUCAUACACUAAAUCUGAGUUCCAUUUAAGCUGUUUAAUUUAUUUAUAUUAAAUAUAUCACUGCAUGUAAAAUGUUCUAUGUCACCAAUAAA